AUGCCCCAGAUUGAAAGCUACGACGGGGUCAAGGACCCCCUCGAUCAUCUAGAGACUUUCAAGACCCUAAUGCACCUUCAAGGGGUACCAGACGAGAUCAUGUGCAGGGCAUUCCUGACGACGUUGAAGGGCCCUGCAAGGGUUUGGUUCAGUAGAUUAACGCCAAGCUCCAUCAAUACUUUCAAGGAGUUGAGCGCCCAGUUCACCUCGCACUUCAUAGGCGGACAUCGGUACAAAAGGUCCACUGCGUGCUUAAUGAGCAUCAAGCAGCGAGAAGACGAGACGCUGCGAGUUUACAUAACUCGUUUCAACAAGGAAGCCCUUUCAAUUGACGAAGCUGACGAUAAGAUACUCGUAGCUACAUUUACUAGCGGGCUACGGAAGGGUAAGUUCCUGUUUUCUUUAUACAAGAAUGACCCGAAGACUAUGACGGACGUGCUCUACAAAGCUACCAAAAAUACAUGA